AGUUGGUUGGAGGGUGAGAGGAGGUUAGCUUCGCAGACAACGCACAUUGAUACAUGAACUGUGAAGACCAGAUUGCUAAGAGCAUGACAUAAGUAUCAUAGAUCGAAAAUGGCAAUAAGAGAAUUAAAAAUCUGCCUCCUUGGGGAUACGGGGGUUGGGAAGUCGAGUAUAGUGUGUCGAUUCGUCCAAGACACCUUCGAUGUUAAUACUCUGCCUACAAUUGGUGCGUCCUUCAUGACUAAGACUGUGAGCUGUGGAAAUGAGCUCCAUAAGUUUUUGAUUUGGGAUACAGCUGGACAAGAGCGGUUCCAUUCGCUGGCUCCAAUGUAUUACCGUGGAUCGGCUGCAGCUGUUAUAGUUUACGAUAUCACCAAUGAGGAAUCAUUCUACACUUUGAAGAAAUGGGUAAAGGAACUGAAGGAACAUGGGCCUGAGGACAUUGUGGUUGCGAUUGCUGGAAACAAGUGUGACCUAGCUGACAUGAGAGAGGUCACAGUGAAGGACGCCUUAGAAUAUGUUAAGUUCAUAAACGCGAUUUUUGUUGAAACAAGUGCAAAGAAUGCCAUUAAUGUUGCUGAGCUGUUUGAAAGAAUCAGUCAGCAAAUUCCACCUCUGGAUCCCUCUCAGAUCAACAACAAUGGAGCUUUCAAAGUUGGAAGGCACACGGUGCAAUCGAGUAAGCGUUGCUGCUGAGUUUUGCUGGAGAUCAAGGCCAAGCAGUAUUAAAUCAUCAUCCUCGUACCAAGUAGCAGAAUGGGGAAGAAAGAAAAACAAAACUUUUCUUUUGUGUUAUUGUUUGAAUUACUUAAUAGUCUCAAGGUUACCUCUCAGUUAUUGGAUUGCUGGCUCUUUCAUUCUAACACACUGCUAUUUCCACUUUCAUGAAAUUCAUUAGAAUAGGGAGCUCCACAGAGAGUAGAUUUACUAUGAAUGCGAACAUUAAAGUACCGGUUAUUAUUUUUGUUCAGCCUCUUUCGUCCUUUUGAUCUUUUUGGCCUUUAUUCUUCCUUUAUGAACAACCCAGAGAUUGAAUUUUUUAAACCAUUUUUCAAAUGUCCAGAAGUAAAUUAUGUUUUUGCUCGCUGUAACAAGUUCUCUGCCUGGCCCAAAGCUCUAAAGAUAAAUGCUUUAUCUGUAAAUUAGACCCUUUGAUAAAUAUCACAUUCAUCAAUUUCUAACUGAUUGGAAAGUACGGAACUAAUUACCAAAGACCCAUGGAAAACUGUAGAAGGCAGAAACUGUUCCUUUCAUGUUCCACAUUUAAAAUGUGUUAUGUAAAUGGUUAUAUGAAAGUUAAACUUUAUAAUAAUCCCGGGGGAUUACUUAUGAAAAAGAAAUUGUUUAUGGCAGUGGACAAUGAAGUCCAGAAAGAUCCAAAAACAGAACAGGGGUAUUUACUGCUAUCUGAUUUCAACCAGGGAGUGAGCAAACAUACUGACCUUUGUAGCCAACUGAAGAAAUCUGACAGGAUGUUUACUUCUCAUUAGUGACUGAUUCCUGUUCAUGGAAUAAAGAAAAGCCAUGUCUUUUCUGCUGGUUGUAGGGAUAAAUAGUUUACCAUAUUCACUGAUUAUGCCCAGAAAUGACUAGUUAAUCCCCGUUAAGGAUCAAUGAGUACAGGAGAGAGGUUGGGUAGGUGGGAGUAGGUGGAAUAUAAUAUUAAUGAAAAGAGUCCCUCUACAAAUGUGUGAAAUUACCAGGUCUUAAUUAACAAUACAAUUGAAAGAACUAGAAUAGUUCAGGUUUAAAAUAAUCAUUAUGUAAACAUGGCACACUCUAAUGCUGAAGAGUUAAGAUUAAAAUUUUUACCUGUUUAAUUUACAUAAUGUAGCCAAAACAAUAACUGUAUGUAUACAAGCAUUAUGUAUACUGCUUUUCCAAUUCAUGCUCCAAGUUCAGGCAGUCUUUAUAUUUGUACUUCCAUUUUCAUCAUGAGGCAUUAUUAUGGACCAGUGGAGUUUUUCUGCUGAUUUUCUUCCAAUUUGUGUUUAACCAUGAAGAUAUUAUGUGCUGUGGACGUGUAUUUAAAACUGGAUGAAACUUUCAAAUAGUUAUGUAAGCUUUUUUUUUGCAUCAUUCUUCCUUGAUCUAUUAAUUUCAUUAACAAAUUUCAUUCACCUAGCGGUUUGUAAAUCUUUGUGUACAAUAUAUGACCAAUAUUUACUGUAAGGUGCAAAAACUCUCCUCCCUUUUCUUUGCAAAUUACAUCAGCUUUUGCUAACCAGGCAAUGCAAUUCAGAGAUUGAAAAACUUGUAAUACCACCUACAGAAUAUCUGAUCACUGGGAGCCAUUGUGGAACUUUUUUACUGAUGAUACUUUGUGAAUGAACUGCACAAAGCCUAAACCAGGAAGUGCACAUUAGAAGUUAUUAAUGUUUUAAUAUUAAAAUAAAGAAGGGAAAGAGGGAAAUGAUAGAAAAAAAGCUGUCAAUAUACUUACAAUUUUUAACAAAAAAAAUUAAUAAUUUACUACUCUUACAAAAAUGUUUCAAUGACUUCAAGAAAUUGUUUGGCAGCAAUAACUGCCAUUAACAGGGAUAUUUAGACCAAAAUUGGAAAACACUUAGUAUUUUUAAGAUGAAUUUAUGUCCAUGUUUCAAUGAUAAAUAUUUCAUGCUAUUCAUUUUUGAAUAAGGUGUCUUACGGCAAUUGUAACUUCAGUGCAGAUUAUUAAGUAAUAUUACACCUUAGCCAACAACUUAAGAUUUUUGCACAUUUGUAAAGUAGUCCUUCAAUUUGUACUAAAUAACAAAAAGCAUUAUGAAUAUCAUAGUUGUUUGUACAGUAAAUUAUGGCCAAGUAUUUUGAUACCCUUGCAUCUUCGAUAUUUCCCAACUAUACCUCUAUCCCUUUCUUUAAAAAGAUUAAUCAACACAACCAAUCGGCAAUUGGUUAUGAUACAUGUAACAUGUUUCAUUCACUGUGUUACUUAGUUUCAGUGCAUCCCAAAAUCAGUCAUCUACUGUAGAGGGGCCAUUCAGCCCAUCAUGUCCAACCCAAACAUAAACAAGCCAUCUGGGAUUAUCUCUGUUCUGUAGUUUCACAUUGUAAUUACUCAUCCAGUUCAGUGUGACAAAGAUUUCUGUCUUUAUCGUUCUUUCAGAAAGUAAACUCUGGGUUCCUACCACCCUCUGAAUGAAAGCCAAAUUACAUUUUCCUCUCUCAGCUUCCUACAAAUUAACAUCUCAGUCCCUUCAUGUUGUGCUCUUUCCUAAGGGACUAGAUUAAUUUUUCUGCUUGCUGUCAUCGUACAUAGGAUGGUUAACUUACCUUGGCCUUGUGCAUCUUUUAAGGCUCUGUCAAAUUAUGACAAGCAUAUUUUUAACUUCUGCUUUCAUUAGGUUGAGCAAGCUUCAGGGUAAGAGAUGAGUGAGUGAGGUUUCCGGGAAAGACAUUUGUUGUUGCCCAUUAGCAACUGAAGAGCUGUAGAACAGUAUAUCUCUACGUUAUUCUUACUCCUGACUGGGAAUUCACCUAGGAAGAAAUCUCUUUACUCCCCACAGUGGCACAACAGAAAUGUUCCAGUGCUCCUGCAUUGCCUGAACAUUACUCUGCAGAAACCAGAAAGGUGAACAGUAGAUUGCUAAAAUAAACUAAUUAAGUUUUAUAAUUAUUCAAAAACCUUGAUAUGACUCAUUCAACAUUAAUGCAAAUCAAAUUAUUUGUUUAUUAUAAACGAUGUUUGUAGGCGCUUCCUGUAUGCAAAUUGGUUGCCUCAUUUCCUAAAUUACAACAAUGAUUGCAAAGAUAUUUCAAGGGCAGUAAAGUGAUUUUUCUGAGGCACUUUUGUUGUGCAAUUAUUGAACAUCUGCUGCCAUUGAUUUCUUUAAUUAUCCUGGUUUAAUAACCACAUAAUCAUUUAUCACAUAGGUUUUGAGAAUGAUUAUUGAAUUAUUUCAUUUUAUGGUGUCUGGUGUAACUUUCUGUAUAAAAAUGUCCCAACUAGAUUUUGGUUUUGAUGUAAUCGUAAUUAUAUAAAUACUGCAAAUGAAUCCAUAUUGUCCACAUGACAUUGGAAAUUGUAGCUACCAUUGUAAAGGAAAAUCUUUAUAGCAAUGUUGUGAUUUAUGGGUGUAUUUUAACAUGAAUCUACAUCAACAGGAACAACAUUGAUUUUGAUGAAUUGACACCAUGGCAACAGUUUGGAUAUUUUGUCAUUCAAGUGUAUCUCAUUUUAGUGCCAAGUAUAUUUUAAUAUUUUUAGAUUGGGCUGGCCCCAUGUAGAACAAGCCAACUGAAUGGGUACAAUGUCUGUUAUACUCUCUACUAAUACUGUAUAGUGUGACUAUAGGUAUAGUGAUGUGGCUUAAGAAAUACUGCCUUUUUCACAAAGUAAGCAGUUUCAAUGUACCUUUUAAUAAACAUUA